GCGCGUCGCCGUACCGAUCAGCUGCUUCGUUUUACGGGGCCACCGGAAAUCCUUCCGCCAGUGCUGGUCCUUUAAUAGGUGCUGCGGGUGGCGCCGGCGCAGGUUCCGCUUCUGUAUCCGCGUCUCCCAGUGUGGCGGAACGAAGAGCGGAGAUCGUCGCGCAUCAUCUCCGCGUGGCCGCGUCUCUGGCUUCCGCCGUUUCCGCCAUCGACGGCUCCGCAGGCUCCGCCGGUUCCGAUGAUCCUCCCCCGCUGGACCUAGAGAGCGCAACUGUUCGCGCGGAAGGGCAAUUUCCGCCAGGCGAGAUCGGGGGAGACUUGAGAGUGACAGUAACGAACGAGACAGGAAUGAAUGGCGCAUUCAAGAGCGAGACGGAAGCUGAAGCGGCGGAACGGACUGAUUGGGAUCGGUCGGCGGAAGGGGAUGGUAGACCUGACGAGGUGGGGGGCAGUGAUCCGAAACGGACCGAGAAUAAGCGGAUCGAUAGCCGUCGCGGAAAUAGCGGCGGCGGCGGCGGUGUUGGUGGCGGAAGUGGUAGUGGUAGCGGUGGACAGAGGAGAUCAGGCGGAAGCGGAGACGCGGAUGCGGGGGAGACUUCGAGGCAAAACGAAGGCGGACGCCCCCCGCGCAGCCCUGAGGACGGGAGCGGCAGUCGCGGAAGGAAGAAGGGCAGCGCCAAGCGGUAUCCAGUGCGCCGGCAACUGUUUUCCGCGGGAGGGCGACGCGCGGGCGCCGCAACGGGGGGAAACGGGGGCGGGGAUGGAGCCGGCGGAGCAGGCGAACGGGGCGGAAGAGGCGCGCGGGGAUCUUCCGCGGGGCAGGGUGAGGAGUGGCGGGCUCCGCAGCCGUGGGGGCGCGCGGGGAGAGCAGUGCGGUCGGUGCUCCGCACAUGGGGCGCCUCUUUUGAGGCGCCUCUUUUGAGGUGCCUCAAAAGUCGCCCCUCCUUCUCCCUGCUGUUUUCGUCUCCGUUGUCUUCUGUGCACGUUCCUUCUCUCCUCCUGCCUGCCCGCAUGUUGGCAACGUCUCUCUCAGUGCUUGCCACUCCUCCCUUCUCUUCCUCCCUUCCCUGCUACACCUCUUCCUCCCCAAACCCCCUGCCCCGACCUCCUCACCCUCGUUCCUUCCCUCUCAUCGUCUGUCAUGCUCCCCGAUGCUCUCCCCUGCCGCUCUCUGCCGCGUACACCUGCAUGAACCUCUGUUCCCUGUCCGCCCUGUCCGCCCUGUCCGCCGCUCUCUGCCUGGCUCCUCGUCCCCUCCUCGGUCAUCUGUCACUCCCCCGCCCCUCACUCUCUGGUCCUAAGCGCAUCCCAUGCCAUGCCGACCUCUCUGCCCUGCCCUCUCCACUCAACCCAUCCCCACAGCCACGGGUCUGGCAGCCUUCUCCAUCAACGUGGCUCUGGAGAUCCUGGCGGGCUGCAACGGGUCUGGCAGCCUUCUCCAUCAACGUGGCAGUGGAGAUUCUCGCGGGGUGGAAGUUCGGGGCGACGUGGUGGGUGAUGCAGCGCUCGCACGCGCUGGCCUUCGUGGUGUAUCUGGCGUUCAACGUGCUGCUCGUCUUCUCCUCCUCCUUCAUCGUUACCCGCUUCGCCCCCGCCGCUGCCGGCUCGGGGAUUCCAGAGAUCAAGGGGUACCUGAACGGUAGGUGGCGCUCGCACGCGCUGGCCUUCAUGGUGUAUCUGGCGUUCAACGUGCUGCUCGUCUUCUCCUCCUCCUUCAUCGUUACCCGCUUCGCCCCCGCCGCUGCCGGCUCGGGGAUUCCAGAGAUCAAGGGGUACCUGAACGGUAGUGUUGGCUGGCUGCGGAUGUGGGUUGUGGGCUGUUUAGCUACCUACCCGCAUGGCUAUGUGUGGUGGGUGAUGCAGCGCUCGCACGCGCUGGCCUUCAUGGUGUAUCUGGCGUUCAACGUGCUGCUCGUCUUCUCCUCCUCCUUCAUCGUUACCCGCUUCGCCCCCGCCGCUGCCGGCUCGGGGAUUCCAGAGAUCAAGGGGUACCUGAACGGUAGUGUUGGCUGGCUGCGGAUGUGGGUUGUGGGCUGUUUAGCUACCUACCCGCAUGGCUAUGUGUGGUGGGUGAUGCAGCGCUCGCACGCGCUGGCCUUCAUGGUGUAUCUGGCGUUCAACGUGCUGCUCGUCUUCUCCUCCUCCUUCAUCGUCACCCGCUUCGCCCCCGCCGCUGCCGGCUCGGGGAUUCCAGAGAUCAAGGGGUAUCUCAACGGCAUUGAUAUGCCGGGCAUCCUGUUGGUGCGCACGCUGGUUGGUAAGAUGCUGGGCAGUGUGGGGUCGGUGGCUGGUGGGCUGGCGCUGGGCAAGGAAGGCCCUCUCGUGCACACUGGCGCGUGCCUUGCUGCUCUCAUCGGCCAGCACUUUCUCCUCUCCUCUCCUCUGCUCUCGUCUCCUCUCAUCCCCCCAUCCCUCUCCUCCUGUGCCCCUCUCCAUGCCACGCCUUCUCCUCCCCUCGCCUUCCCCCUGCCCCCCCCCUCUGCCUUCACCCUACCCUCCUCCCUCCCUCCUCCCCCCCUCCUCCCAACCUCUCAAUCUGCACUCGCCUGCUCAGGGCGGCUCAUCGCGCUACCGCAUCCCCUUCAAGUGGUUCCGGGCAUUCCGCAAUGA